UCACAAUGCCAUACAGCAAAACACACAGAGAGAGACACCAGAACCAGCUCUAACUACAGACUACAGAAUCUGAACAGACACCAAGAUGAAGAUGCCUCAGCUGCUCAUCCUCCUCCUGACCAUUUUGCUGCACGUGGCGUCCGGUUUCCCCACCGACAGGAGAGGACGGGACAAACACGCCUCCUGGGACGAUGUGAACGUUGUGGCCCACGGCCUCCUGCAGCUCGGCCAGGGUCUGAAGGAGCACGUGGACAAGACAAAAGCCCAGAUGAAAGAUGUCAGCGCCACACUGAAAGCCUUCAACAGCACAGUGGCUGAACUGGAGAGGAGGCAGCAGGAGCAAGAUGAAGCUCUGAGGGCCAAAGCCAAGGAGGUGGAGGAGAGGGAGAGGCUGGCAGCAGGGCUGGCUGAGGAGGUGAAGGUGAAGGUGGAGGAGGUGAAGAAGGAGACUCAGGACAUCCACUCCAGGAUGGACAGACUGGAAGAAGUGCUCACAGAGUCGACACUGGACAGCAACAGCAGCAAUCACACAGGAGUCCCAUUUAUCCAGCGGUUGGUGGCAGCUCAGAACAGACGCAUCGACCAGCUGGUGGAGAAAAUCCAGCAGCAACAAGACAAACUUGAGAAGCAGAGUCUGCACCUACAAGCGCUGCAGAGCAAGGUUGCACUUAAGAGAGUAAAAUCUCACAGACGGAGACAUGAGGGGACGGCACUGAGGGGCAAGGCCGAGCGGAUCUCCAAUCGAUCAGAUUUGGUUCAGCAGCUGCGGUGAGUCAAACCUCAACUGCAAAUAUCCCAGAAGGCUGAGUGAGCUCAGGAGGCAGAAGUCCAGGAGACAAGCGAUGUUUUGGACGACCACAGAAGGACAGAGGAACUCUCUGAAGAUCACGCUUCUGAAGAUCGCACCGGCAUCCAUAAAGCAAUAAUCCUGUCUCAAAAAGACUGAGCAGCAAAGUUACUCAAAACCAGAGACUGUUUUUAACUUAAAAACUGAACUACUAAAGCACUGGAAGCUGGACGAGUUUGACGUUAUUGAUCCUAAUGCACUGGAUGAUCAGAUGAUUCUAUGCUAUGCUAUAUGAUGACAACAUGUCAGUGUUCAGUCAUAUUGACAGGAGUAACUAUUCCCUUUAUAAGGGCUUUACUUAUUUUCUAAUGUAUUGUAAUUGUUUUAAUUACUUUGUACUUAAAGAAUGCACAGUUUCUUACUUCAAACAUUUAUACAUAUUUUAUAUUUCAUUUAUAUGAAGUGAAUGAAAAUAAACUUUUUCAACAUUGA